UCCCGGGAGAGCGCAGCGGGCACGCCGGGGAGCGCGGUCCUGCUAGCGUCGGCGCCAGCAUCCAGCCGGGGGUUGCAGGUGUGUGGGAGGCUUGAAACUAUUACAACAUGGUUUUCCUUGGACUCUUCUCCUUGCUGGUUUCACAAAGUCUGGCUUUAGGAGCCACUUUCCCUGAUGACACCAUUGCUGAGCUGUCAGUGAAUAUAUAUAACCAUAUUCGAGCCACUGGAGAAGACGAAAAUAUUCUUUUCUCUCCAUUGAGCAUCACCCUUGCAAUGGGAAUGAUGGAACUUGGGACCCAAGGGUCAACACUGAAAGAAAUCCGCCACACAAUGGGAUAUGACAGUCUGAAAAAUGGUGAAGAAUUUUCUUUCCUGAAGGAUCUUUCUAACUUGGUAACUGCAGAAGAGAGUCAGUAUGUGAUGAAACUUGCCAAUUCCCUCUUUGUGCAAAAUGGAAUUCAUGUCAAAGAUGAGUUUUUGCACAUGAUGAAGAAAUACUUUAAUACAGAAGUAAAUCACGUGGACUUCAGUCAAAAUAUAGCUGUGGCCAGCUAUAUCAAUAAGUGGGUGGAGAAUAACACAAAUAAUUUGUUGAAAGAUUUGGUAUCUCCAAGAGAUUUUGAUGCUGUCACUCAUCUGGCCCUUAUCAAUGCUAUCUAUUUCAAGGGGAACUGGAAGUCACAAUUUAGACCCGAAAAUACUAGAACCUUUUCUUUCACUAAAGAUGAUGAAAGUGAAGUCCAAAUUCCAAUGAUGUAUCAACAAGGAGAAUUUUAUUAUGGGGAAUUCAGUGAUGGCUCCAAUGAAGCUGGUGGUAUCUACCAAGUUUUAGAAAUACCAUAUGAGGGAGAUGAGAUAAGUAUGAUGCUCAUGUUGUCUAGACAGGAAGUUCCCCUGGCUACUCUGGAGCCACUGGUCAAGGCACAGCUGAUUGAAGAAUGGGCAAAUUCUGUGAAGAAACAAAAAGUGGAAGUGUACCUGCCCAGGUUCACAGUGGAACAGGAAAUUGAUUUAAAAGAUGUUUUGAAGGCCCUCGGAAUAACUGAAGUCUUCAUCCAAGGCGCAAAUUUCACAGCCCUGUCUGAUAACAAAGAGAUUUUCAUUUCCAAAGCAAUUCACAAGUCCUUCAUAGAGGUUAAUGAAGAAGGCUCAGAAGCUGCUGCCACUUCAGGAAUGAUUGCAAUUAGUAGGAUGGCGGUGCUGUAUCCUCAAGUUAUUGUCGACCAUCCAUUUUUCUUUCUUAUCAGGAACAGGAAAACAGGUACAAUCCUAUUCAUGGGACGAGUCAUGCAUCCUGAAUCAAUGAACACAAAUGGACAUGAUUUUGAGGAACUUUAAGUCAUUUCAUUUGAGUAACAAGGAAUAUAGUAACUAAGUUCAUAAUGUUUGCAACUGGUAUAUAUUUAAGAUUUGUGUUUUAGAGUGUAUCUAAAGAUAAUAUUUAAAAUAGCUGCAGAUAAAAACAGUGUUUGUAAAUUAUAAGCAAACUUGUCUAGGAAUGUUAUCAGUGUUACUGAGGUAAUGGUCUUGUCAUGUCACUGUGUUUGUUGUGCCGGUAUCUAAAAUAAAAGUACAUACUGAACUUG